AUGUCUUGGACCAUCCGUGACGACAAUAACAAGAUUCCAGAGGCCACACUGACGGAGCUGCGCAAUAUCGUCUGGCCAGAAGUCACAGACCCAAAUGGGCUGGAUUACCUGUUCCCAGGCUCGUCAUUGGCUACUGCUCUCGCAGCUGGCCUCGCCGUGCUUCUUAUCCACUGCACCAAGCCGAGACACUACUAUGUUAAUGGAUGGAAAGGCCCCGAGGCUCGCCGCAAAGAGACUAUUACACAGCAAUUCGUCGAUCAGAUCGCAACUAGCGAAGGCAUGCAAAAUGCUCUGGAUAACCUGAGUUCUGGCAGUCGGAGUGGGGCAAAGUAUGCGAAUCCAAGCAGGGAUUUCGCGUGUGCUCUCCAGGAUCUGAGGCAGUAUGAUGUGCAAGGCGGAGCAGCGAACAAUUUGCCUCAAUCUCUAAAACCUAUCGCAACUCUGUGUCGAAACCUAUGUAGGAUAUGGAGGCUGACCCAUAGUUGGCUCGAAGAUCUUUAG